CGGCGACCACGACGUGCUGAUCUCCAUCACCCACUGCGGUGUCUGUCACUCGGACCUGCAUCGUGUUGACAACGAGAUGGCCGGCAACAACUAUCCCAUGGUCCCGGGUCAUGAGAUCGUGGGUACGGUCACCGCCGUGGGCCCGGCUGUCUCGUUGGUGGCGGUAGGCGAUCGCGUCGGUGUUGGUCCGCAGGGUGGGGCGUGCAUGGAUGGCGAGGCGUGCCGCGAGUGCGGGCGUGAGGCCAAUAACUUUUGCCCCAAGCGUGUGUUUACCUACAACUCGCCCAUCCCGAAUCCGCCGGGCGUGACAUACGGCGGCUAUGCCGAGGCGCACAUCACCCACGAGGCCUUUGCCAUUCCCAUUCCCGACGGCAUGGACUCGGCGGUGGCCGCACCGCUCCUCUGCGCCGGCAUCACCACGUACUCGCCGCUGGUCCACUUUGGCAAGGGGCUUAAGCCCGGCGCUCGGGUUGGCGUCGUCGGCAUCGGCGGCCUCGGCCACAUGGGCGUGCAGUACGCGGCCGCGCUUGGAUACUCGGUCACCGCCAUUUCGCGGACGCCGUCCAAGGAGGCCGAGGCGCAGACCUUUGGCGCUACGAGCUUCCUGCUCUCGUCGGACGCCGACGCCAUGGCCGCCGCCCAGGGCACCUUUGACUUUAUCCUCUGCACGGUCUCGGCCUCGUUGCCAUGGGAGCUCUUCCUUGGCCUUUGCGCGCCCGACGGCGUCUUCUGCAUGCUCGGCCUCCCCCCGAGCCCAUGACCUUUGACGCCCGCAAGCUCAUUGCCAACCGCAUCACCCUCUGCGGCUCGCUCAUCGGCUCGCCCAAGGAGCAGGCCGAGAUGCUGGCCUUUUCCGCAAGCAUGGCAUUGCCCCGGUCAUCGAGCACUCGUCCAUGUCGGCCGUCAACGCCGCCCUCGACAAGCUCCGCGACAACGCCGUUCGCUACCGCGUUGUCAUGGCCCAGGACUUUGAGCCGGUGCCCGAGCAGUGACCACCUAACAGCGGCGAUCGCCUAGCUGCGGUAAAGGUAUGAGCAGCAGA